AUGGCGGUCUCCUCGGGAACCUGGGCGGCGCCGGUGAUCGGGAUGCCGGGCUGCGAGACCAGGUGCGGCAACAUGAGCGUGCCGUACCCGUUCGGCCUCGGCGCGGAUAGCCGGUGCUACAUGCCGGGGUUCAACCUAACCUGCGACCACGGACGGCUCCUCCUCGGCAACCUGCGGGUCAUCGAAUCCAUCGACCCCAAUUUCUACAUGCUGACCGUCGUCCACACCGGCGACGUUCGAACCGACGGCGCGGGGCGCGGCAUUUUUGGUGACGGAGGCGUCCUCGGCGACGACGGGCCGUACGCGCUGUCGUCCGCCGGGAACCAGCUCGUCCUCGUGGGCUGCAACGUGCGGGCGACGCUGAGGAGCGGCAACGUCACCAUGAGCAGCUGCUCCUCCUUGUGCACCAAUGGCUUCGACGGGCACACGGAGAUGCUAUCGAGGCUGGACACCAGCAUGCUCUGCUCCGGCAUCGGGUGCUGCCAGGCGCGCGUCGUCGUCGACCGCGAGGAGCUCGUCCCCGUCACCUCCUACGACGUGCAGCUCGAGUACUUCGGGAGCAACCGCAGCCGCGACGGUGAGCGGUGGCCGCCCCGAGUGUUCGUCGCCAGGGACGAGUGGUUCUCGCCGUGGAGCGUCUCGCAGCAGCUGUCGUCGGACCUGCAGGCCGCCGCGUCAAUGGAAGUUCCCGUGUUUCUCAGCUGGGAGGUCAUCGUUAGGGGUGCCUACGACCACGGCGACGACGCUGGUUCCUUGCCGGCGUGGGAGUGUCCUAGGGACGCGGCCCGCAUGGUCUGCAAGAGCAACCACACUGGGUGCACAAAACGUGAAAGAGGCGGCUACACGUGCUACUGCAAAACGGGCUACGAGGGCAACCCCUACACCACCAACGGAUGCCAAGACAUUGACGAGUGUGAGAAUUCAAAAGAGAAUGGGUGCUUCGGUAAAUGUACCAAUACAGAUGGGUCAUUUCAGUGUGAGUGUCCACAUGAAACCCGUGGGAACGCCUACUCGCCGGGUGGCUGCUUCAGUGUUCUCACACGUGAAUGUAGCAGGUCGUGCGGCAAUGUGAGUGUGCCAUACCCAUUCGGCAUUGGGCCAGCCGAGUGCUACAUGCCAGGGUUUAACCUCACAUGCGACACAAGCCAACACCCCCCGCGGCUGAUGCUUGGCAGCCUGCGAGUCAUUGACAUAUCCCUUCAUAACAACACCAUGCAUGUAAUCAACAGCGACAUGGUCCUUGACAUCUAUAGUGGCAUAGGAAAACAAACCUCCACAUUUGAGAGCACGGGCCAUGGAGACAAUGUGCCUUACUCGUUGUCGACAAGGAACGAGCUCAUCCUCAUGGGGUGCGGUGUGCAGGCGGUGCUGUCCGGGGCGGGCAACCCAGCAAUCUUGAGUGGUUGCUCUUCUUUUUGCUCCCCAAACUACACCAUCACCUCAAUGGUGCCACCUGCAGCAGGAGGUGGUAGCAAUGAUGACGAUCAAUACUGCUAUGGCAUGGGCUGCUGCCAGGCACGCAUCUCUAUGUCUAACGAUGGAAUGCCCCAUGAAUUAUGGAUUGAUUGGAUGGACCCCAAUACUGCAACAGAUGAGACAUCAUCACACUCCUACGCAUUCAUUGCACAAGAAGGGUGGUUCAACAAGCAUCGGGUAUCAGCUCAGCUACUGCGCUCGUCGUCGACAAAAUAUUUUGUGCCAAGCUUGGAGGUCCCCAUGGUUCUAGAUUGGGAGGUCUUGCAGUUGCAACCCAUUGGCUCACGGGCGGUAGCUAAUGUGAGGUCACCACAUCAAUAUCUCAAGUGUCCUGACAUGUGCAGGAGCAAGAACAGCCUCUGCAAACAAGGGAUCAGAGGAUAUUCAUGUCACUGUAGUGAGGAUUACCAUGGCAAUGCGUACGUUAUUGACGGAUGCAAAGGACGUAGGCAAACAUACUUUAAACGUAUGAGCAUCGUAAUAGGAGCUGCUAUUGGGGCCGGACUCGUACUUCUAGUUCUUGCCGGAUUUUUCGUUACCAAGAAAUUAAAACAUCAUAGGGCUGAAUUGUUGAAACUAAAGUUCUUCCAACUAAACCGUGGACAAUUGUUGCAGCAAUUGGUAUCCCAAAGUGCUGGUAUUGCAGAAAGAAUGAUCAUACCCUUGGAAGAGCUAGAGAAGGCGACACACAAUUUUGAUAAAGAUCUUGUGAUUGGUGGCGGAGGGCAUGGUAUUGUUUAUAAAGGGAUUUUAUCAAACCAACACAUUGUAGCCAUCAAGAAACCCAAGAAGGUGUUUCAGAAGGAGAUCAAUGAUUUUAUAAAUGAGGUGGCAAUACUAUCGCAAAUCAACCAUCGAAAUGUAGUUAAACUCUACGGUUGUUGCCUUGAAACUGAAGUCCCAAUGUUGGUCUAUGAGUUCAUAUCCAAUGGAACCCUUUCUGAGCAUCUUCAUGUCAAAGGACCAAGAUCAUUGCCAUGGACUGAUAGGUUGCGGAUAGCCAUUGAAACAGCCAAAUCUCUUGCCUAUCUUCACUCAACUGCUUCAAUACCUAUCAUACAUAGAGAUGUCAAGUCUGCUAACAUACUUUUGGAUGAUACUUUGACAGCAAAGGUUGCAGACUUUGGAUCUUCAAGGUACAUUCCUAUGGAGAAAUCCGGGGUAAUGACCGGGGCUCAAGGUACAAAGGGAUAUUGGGACCCUAUGUACUUCUACACCGGGCGGCUAACUGAGAAAAGUGAUGUAUACAGUUUUGGGGUCGUCCUCGUGGAACUGCUAACUCGGAAGAAACCAUUUUUAUAUUCUUCCUCUGACGGCAAGGGUCUUGUUUUACAUUUUGUUACGUUGUUUGAAGAAGGCAAUUUGAAUCAGAUAUUGGACCCACACGCUAUAGAGGAAGGUGGCAAGGAAGUCAACAAAGUGGCUAUUAUUGCGGUAGCAUGCAUAAAAGUAAGAGGAGAGGAUCGUCCAACCAUGAGGCAAGUUGAGUUGACACUGGAAAGCCUCCGUGCAUCCGAGGAUUACACCUUAGAUAAUGUGGUGGAUAAGAAAGUUGAGAAUAAACAUGUCAUGAUAGAUAUUACAUUUACUGAAGACAAAAGAAGCAACAACUCAACCAGGCCAUACAGUAUGGAAGAAGAGUUCAUGUUAUCCGCAAGAUAUCCUCGGUAGUUUUGCUUACAUGCACUACUUGGAAACUCAAGCUCAAUAGGAUUGGUACUUGGCAAUUGUUUGAGAUGGUUUGACAAAAAAACAGUAACGUGACAUGGCAACUUGGAAUAUUUUAACUUAAAGUGAUUGGCGAUGUUCCUGUUCA